AUGUCUUGGCUUGUAUUCCUAUCACUACUGUACGUUAUUGGUGCUUUAUUGGAUGUUCAAGUAAAUGCUGAACAAGAACGACCGAACAGUCGUUUUGCUUAUGUUACUGUACACUAUGAAGGCACAAGUCGUGACGCUGAGUAUGUACUAGGAGUUCAAGUGAUGAUGCAGUCAAUCAAAAUGACGGGUUCACCCUACGACUUGGUCGUAUUGGCUUCUGAUUCCGUAUCAGACAAAAGCAAAGAGUUAUUUCGAUUGAUGGGGUGUCGUGUACUUGAUGUAACGAACAUCAAUAAUCCAUUUGUUGGAGGAACACUCCGUAACAAGAAUUUCAUCUACACACUGAACAAGUUGCAUGUGUGGAAUAUGCUUGAAUAUGAACGUGUCGUGUAUCUUGAUGCUGACAAUGUAUUGAUUCGUAAUGCGGAUGAGCUUUUUCUUUGUGGAAAGUUUUGUGCUGUAUUUAUGAACCCAUGUCAUUUCCAUACGGGAUUACUCGUUGUGACACCCUCUGCUACAGAAUAUCAACGUUUGUUAAAGGCUUUAGAUCAUUUGGAAAGUUUUGAUGGAGCUGAUCAGGGAUUUUUUUCGUCCAUGUAUAGUAAAAUGCUUCGAAAAGCCAAGUUGUUUACACCUAUGAAGGCAUCGUUUAUAGGUGCAGAACUGCAAGGGCUGAAUAAACCGGAAUCGGAACCCAAGGGUAUGAGAUUGCCUGUGGGCUACAACAUUAAUCACAAAUAUUUCUACGAACAGUACCAUUGGAAAUUGUUUUACUUGCGGCAGUUUGCAUCCAUGACGUCGCCUAUUAGUCCGAUUAAGGUGGUGGUGGAGUCAGCAAGAGGUAUUCCAGCACUUACGGUUGGAUACCCCAUGGCAUCUGUCUUGAAGCCGUGGUACUGGUGGGCAGGUUUCUUUAUGGAUUUGCAUGCUGUGUGGCAUGAUAUUCGUGCAAAAUUGCCACCUUCGCAAGAACGUUAUGGAGCUGAAGAAGCUGUUAAGACUCUGCUAGGCUUCUUUAGCUCCUUAGCACUGCUUACGGCGGCUCUUUAUUCGCUCAAGAUUACGUUACCCAUACGUCAAAUCCAGCAGCGAUGUACAGACGUGGCCAUGCGGAAUCGCAAGCAGGUCCGAUAUGCUUUUUUGGCGCUUCGGAUGGCUCUUGUGGUACUCGCCUUUCGAAUUGCUCCUGCACGCGUGCAUCCGUUAGCUCCCGUGCACUAUGGAUACGGCCUCACGAUUUUCAUGAAUGUGUUCCUCCACAUAUACUUUGCCUGUGUGAUUUCCAACUUUUGGGAUCCGCACCAAAAGGUGUCCAUUCCACCUGUACUUUAUGUGACUCGGUUUUGGCUCUAUGUGGCUGUCACGUUGGCAUUCGAACUCUUUGUGGUCUGGUUCAGUACAUGGAAUGUGUUUCUGAACGUGCUAUGGCGACUGUUUUCGAUUUUCUGCUCCGUCUUCCUUUGCGCGUACUGGCAAGUCACGUAUUACCGUCUCACGCUAAAUGCUGAGUUUAGUGGUAAGAAGGAGCGAAUUAGGAGCCUCUAG